GUUCCGGUUGCAUCUGCGUGUAUCAGUGCGUAACGCAUACUACUUUACUUGCUCGUGUCUAUGCAGGCUUUAACCUUGAAAAUGUGCAUUGUUGUUGUGCAUCGUUUACUAACGUGGUUAAAACUUUUUCUGAAUUCGACUAAUGUGCAGCAGUGCAGUUUAAAACAACAAAGAAUGGCUGCCGCUGAAAGGACGUUUUCUGACGUUAAGGAAAUUAUUCUUUCUGCGCACAAAGACACAGUUGCUGAAGAUAAAGUCGGCUUCUAUAACAACUGGGCAAAUAAUUAUGAACAGGAUGUAGAGAUACUGGAUUACCGUGCCCCUUAUCUGGCUGCAGAGUGUCUGUCUGCAGCUUUCCCAGGAGACCGGGAUCGAGCUGUGGUUCUGGACGUGGCAUGUGGCACGGGACUGGUUGCCUCAUUGUUACAGAAAAUGGGGUUCCAGAAUUUCCACGGUGUGGAUGGCAGUGAGGGGAUGCUGCGCCUGGCCCAUAGAAAAGGACUGUACCAGGACUUGAAGCAGUGUAUUCUGGGAGCCCAGCCACUCCCAGCUCCAGCCGAGAAUUAUGAUGCUGUUCUUAUCGUUGGGGCUCUCAGUGUUGGACAAGUUCCCUGCAGCGUCAUUAGAGAGCUGUGGCAGGUCACAAAGCCAGGAGGAUAUGUGUGCAUGACCACAAGGGCCAACGCCUCUAACAGGGAGUAUAAGGAGGAGCUGGAAUCUGUGCUGCAGCUGAUGGAGCAGACAGCCUUGUGGAGCAGAGUGACAGUCCUGGAAGAAGACCUGUGGGAGAAGGCUGUGUCAGACCAAGAAUCAGGCUACAUCCCUGGGGUAGUGUACCUGUACAGGAAGUCUGUGGGAGCGACACCCCCCCUGAACAGUUGAAUGCAAUGAAUCAAUAAAUAUAAUAACAUUAGAGGAGGAUGGCGCCCCCCCUGUGGUUAUCAAUCUCAAGUUCUGUUAUGGUUACGAUGGGAAAAAAAAAAGGAAAAAUAAUUAUUUUCAAAGUGGACUCAUUACUUAAAACAUCUUCUCUUUCCCAAAGGUGUCAUUGUUGCAGUAGAAACAUACUGAUGGCUUGUUGGAUACUUUAAUACAUUUAUUUGAAACUGAAGAGAGAUUUUGUUGUGUAUGUUAGGAGGGUAUGUGAGCACAACUGCCUUGGGCAGCAAGUUAACAAGGAUUUCAGAAAGGGGACUGAGUCUUUGCUUCAGGGGAUGGAGCAAAAGGGGCUGUGGGAAGCAAUGGAAACAAACGAGGGAGCCAUGUUUGAAAAGGCAGUUUUGGAAGAGGCUUCAGACUACAUGCAUGCGUUUGUGUACGUGUGCAAAAAGGCUGAAGCAC